CCUCCACUGAGUCAGGGCCCGGCGGGCGGGCGGGGCCGAGCCGGCUCUGCUGCUCGUCCUUGGCUCCUAAUCCCCCGGCGGGCCCCUCCACCCGGGGCGACAGCCUUCUUGGCGCUUCGCCGGGUGUUGGGCUCUUCCCUCCUCGCGUCGCGCCCUAGGAAUGUCCUAACGGUGCCCGGGGGAGAGCUUCACCCUACGCCCGGGACUCGGAUGCGCGAACUGGAAGGGGGCCGCCUGGCUGCCUUGCUCCGGACCUGCCUCCUCUGACCGCCUCUCCGUCCCCCAGGCGUGGCAGUGGGUUCGCCCCGAGGACAGCUGACUGCCCUGGGCCGCUGCCGCGGCGGACCUGCGGCAGGGUGGAGCCAAAAUGUCCCCGGAAUCUAAAAAGCUUUUCAACAUCGUCGUUUUAGGAGUUGCCUUUAUGUUUAUGUUCACCGCCUUUCAAACUUGUGGAAAUGUGGCGCAAACUGUCAUCAGGAGUUUAAACAGCACCGACUUCCACGGCAGUGGCUACACCAGCAUGGCGAUUAUUUAUGGCGUGUUCUCCGCUUCCAAUUUGAUCACACCAUCCGUGGUUGCCAUCGUAGGACCUCAACUCUCCAUGUUCGCUAGUGGACUGUUUUACAGCAUGUACAUUGCCGUUUUUAUCCAGCCUUUCACGUGGUCCUUCUACACAGCCUCUGUUUUCCUCGGCGUGGCAGCUGCGGUGCUGUGGACGGCCCAGGGGAACUGCCUGACCAUCAAUUCCGAUGAGCAGACUAUUGGGAGGAACAGUGGCAUCUUCUGGGCGCUCUUGCAGUCUAGCUUGUUCUUUGGAAACCUCUACAUAUAUUUUGCUUGGCAAGGGAAAACUCAAAUAUCAGAGAGUGACCGGAGGACAGUGUUCAUCGCCCUGACGGUGAUCAGCCUGCUGGGGACCGUUCUCUUCUUCCUCAUUCGGAAGCCAGAAUCCGAGAACAUCCUGGGAGAAGAUGAGUUUUCCGAUGACCAGGACCUGGAAGUCAGCGGGUCUUCCCGGAGCAACCUGACCAAGGCCGUGGAUGCGUUCAAAAAGUCUCUUAAAUUGUGUGUCACCAAGGAGAUGCUCCUUCUCAGCAUUACAACCGCCUAUACAGGUCUGGAACUGACGUUCUUCUCCGGCGUGUAUGGGACCUGCAUCGGCGCCGUCAAUAAGUUCGGAGCAGAAGAGAAGAGCCUCAUCGGGCUUUCCGGCAUCUUCAUCGGCAUCGGGGAAAUCCUCGGUGGGAGCCUCUUCGGCCUCCUGAGCAAGAAUAAUCGUUUCGGGAGAAACCCGGUUGUGCUGCUGGGCACCCUGGUGCACUUUGUAGCUUUUUACUUAAUAUUCCUCAACAUGCCCGGGGACGCCCCGAUCGCCCCCCUGGAGGGGACCGACAGCAGUGCUUACAUCAAAUCCAGCAAGGAAGUGGCCAUCUUCUGCAGCUUCCUGCUGGGCCUGGGAGACAGCUGCUUCAACACGCAGCUGCUCAGCAUGCUGGGCUUCCUCUACGCCGAGGACAGCGCCCCCGCCUUCGCCGUCUUUAAGUUUGUCCAGUCCAUCUGUGCAGCCGUGGCGUUUUUCUACAGUAACUACCUUCUCCUCCACUGGCAACUCCUGCUCAUGGUGGUCUUCGGGUUUUUCGGAACCGUGUCCUUCUUCGCGGUGGAGUGGGAAGCCGCCGCCAUCGUGGCCCGGGGCUCUGACUACCGAAGUAUCUGAUCCCGGGAGGCCGUGCGAGGGGGGAGGUCGAGCCUCUGCAGCAGCCGGCACAGCCGAAGGACAGCGUGUGGCAGGGCCACCUUCACUCCCGCGGGGGCGGUGCUCAGUGUGGGGAAGUGAGAGACGCGGGCCUGCCCGGCCUGCCAGCGCCGGAGUCCGAGGGCACAGACAUUCACUCUCCAGCGCUAGCGGAAUAAGGGAAGCUUGUUCUGUCGAUGAUGGUUGUUUAAAGAUGUUGUUUUUCAAUCCGUCUACCGCAAGUUCUUUAUAAUCAUGUUACCAAAUGUCCAUGUUUUCCUCUCCCUCCUGUUUCCUGGAAAGAUCUUGCCUCGAUGCAAAGCACUAGGCCACAUGUCACGUGGAGACUCGCUGGGCCUGGGGGGUGUGCCGCUGUGGAGUGAUGGGGAGCGUAUGCUGCCCCCCAUGUGUGUCUGGGACGACAUUGAAAUAAAUGGCAAGAUGCUGAAAUGGGAUCUCA